GUUCACAUCCCCUGUCCCUCUACAAGCUCUAUAUAAUCACCCACUCGAUCAAGUUAUCAUCAAUGUUACCCCUAUACUCGCCGGACCAAUAAUAAUGCAAUCUCAUAUACUAACCUUCGCUCUGUGGUUAACUUUCUCCUUCGUUAACACGCUGGUCUCUCACUCGGGAUAUAACUUCGUUACUGUAAUGAACCCUGAUAUGCAUGACCUACACCAUGAGCAAUGCGGGUGUAACUACGGUGUGCUUGGGAUCCUCGACUACCUGCACGGUGGGAUUCCCAAAAUCGAGACUUAUCGAUGCCUCC